GCGAUGCACCGCCGCCGGGACCCCGAGCUGUACCGCGCCCCUUUCCCGCUCUACACGGUCCGUGUACCCCGCGCGGGGCUCGCGGUGGUGGCGGGCGGUGGGGGCGCGUCCCGCACAGGGGUCAGGAACGCGGUGCAUUUUGUGCGAUUGGAGAAUGUUGAAGGGCAGAUCUCUGGCACUCUGAUUCAUUCCUAUGACACAGAGACACGUGCUACUAUGACUAUGGCUUCAAGUGGCGAUUUUUUGGCAUCUGGACAGGAUGCCUCAUGCCACAUCCUCCGAUUCCGAGAACCAAAACACAAAACCCAGGGGCAGAAAGCUGGGAAAAAUGAGGGUAAAGGAGCAAACAAGACUGAGGUGAGGAAACGGAAGCCAGGCAACAGGACGGCAGGGGAUGGCAGUGGGGAUCUGCACCGCGAAGCACCAGCCAUUGUGGUGGAGUCCCUAAAUGUCGUACAGACGGACUUCAGUACAGACGCUCUUCAGAAAGCUGUCAGACUGAACCACGAUGCCUCUCUGCUUGUCACGGGGGGAGCCGACGGCUACAUUCGCGUCUGGGAGUUUCCCAGCAUGAAGAAAACUUUGGAUUUUAAAGCUCAUUCCAGCGAGGUGGAAGAUGUGGACAUCGGGCCCGAUAACAAAGUGGUGUCUGUGGGCAGAGACUUCACUUGCUGUGUGUGGAAGAAGGAUCAGCUGGUGAUGGGAUUGAGUUGGACUGAGAACAUGCCUCAUGUGGCUGAGAAGAGUUACAGAUAUCAGGCCUGCAGGUUUGGAAAUGUAGAAGAUAAUGAAGAAGCUUUUCGUCUCUACACAGUUCAGAUUCCACACAAACGAGAAAGGAAACCGCUCCCGUGUUACAUCAGCAAAUGGGAUGGGAGGAAUUUCCUCCCUCUCCUGACUCGGGGGUGUGGCAAUGAGGUGAUAUCUUCCCUGGCUGUCAGUGAUCAGGGGACAUUUAUCGGCCUUGGCACUAUUACUGGAUCGGUAGCAAUCUACAUCGCCUUCUCCUUACAGCGAGUUUACUAUGUAAAGGAGGCGCACGGCAUUGUGGUAACUGAUCUGGCUUUUCUGCCUGAUACGAGCCCUGCAGGGAGAGAGAUUCUUGGACACAAUGAAGUGGCUUUGCUGAGCGUGGCCGUGGACAGUCGCUGUAAGCUGCAUCUGCUGCCCAACAGACGACUCUUCCCGAUCUGGUUUGUGUUACUACUUUGUGGACUUCUGAUCGUCUUCACAAUCCUCCUGUUACAGCACGUCUUCCCUGGACUCUUAUAGCCGAUUCACAGUGCAUGACAUGGUCACUUGUACUGUCCCAGGCACUUCUCUUCCUUUCCUUCUCAAAAUCUGGAAUGUCUCUAACCUUCAAUCAGCCACUUGUGCCAGACAGUGGAGUAUUGAACAUUAAAACGCCACUAGUUUUCCCUUAUUCUUGUAUUAAUUCAGAUAGUAGACUUGAAAUACUUUUUAAAUUUGAACCAAAUGAUGUAAAUAAAACCACAAACUAUUUCUGUCA